AUGUUUAAUCGCCUGGGCGGAGCAGAGAAACAGCGUCGAGGAAUGCACCUGCUCUCUCUCCGCGAAGUCCCCGCCUGGGUUGAUGCGAACCCGUUUAUCCUGUCUGGGUAUCGUCCAGAGAGUCAGUCCUGGGUGCAAUCUCUGGCCAGUUGGACAUAUCCACAUAAUGAAACGUGCAACAUCUAUUCACACCUGGUGCCGGGUUUGAUCCUGGCCUUGGGGUUGGGGAUCGCGGGCCUGGACUUAUACACCCUUGACGGGGCCAUUAUAGCACUCCACCUCACGACAGCCAUUGUGUGUUUGUCAGCAUCGACAUUCUACCAUACCGUUCUGAAUCACUCCGAGCAGGUCGCCAGCCUCUGGUUGAAUUUGGACUAUGUCGGUAUUCUGGUUCUCACCCUAGGCAACUUCAUCAGCGGACUACACUUUGCUUUCUAUUGUGAUCCGCAGCUCAAAUUACUGUAUUGGUCAAGUGUAGGUGUUCAUGGGGAAGGCACCGACCCUAUCAUUGCCGCUAGUGCUGGCACUGGGCUAGUACUGCUCGGUCCAUGGUUUCGUGCGCCGGAAUGGCGCACACUGCGCCUGGCCAGCUUUAUUGCCACAGGCAUGUCUGCCUUUGCACCAAUUGGCCAUGCAUGGUAUCUCUGGGGAUAUCAUUAUCUGUUUCGAAUCGGAGUACCCUAUUAUCUACUCGAAGGAGCAUUGCUGCUGACAGGCUGUUACAUAUACUUGAGCCGAUUGCCUGAGUCUCUGUAUCCAGGCCGAUUCGACAUCUGGGGCCAUUCACAUACCCUCUGGCAUAUCUUCGUGGUCCUGUCAAUUGUCGCCCACCUCCGUGGCCUGCAGAGUGCCUGGGAGUACAAUCAUCAUGCAACCUGUAUCAGGUAG